ACUUGCAGGCGCGCGGGUGUGUGCCGACUUCCCCCCCUUCGUUCUCGUUCCCCUUGCCGUAGGUUUCCCUCCUCGCUCUGCGUCGGACUCGGCCAGAUGGUGGCCACCGUGGCAGUGCUCGCGGUGGGGAAGGCGCUCCGAGUUGUCAAGUUUCCUGACCUUGAUAGAAAUGUACCUCGAAAGACGUUUCCACUACCUCUACUAUAUUUUGGGAACCAAAUCACGGGACUGUUCAGCACAAAGAAACUGAACUUGCCAAUGUUUACAGUUCUGAGAAGGUUCUCCAUCCUGCUUACAAUGUUUGCUGAAGGAGUUUUACUCAAGAAGACGUUUUCUUGGGGUAUCAAAAUGACUGUAUUUGCAAUGAUUAUUGGCGCCUUUGUAGCUGCCAGCUCCGAUUUGGCAUUCGAUCUAGAAGGAUAUGUUUUUAUCCUGAUAAAUGAUGUCUUGACAGCAGCAAAUGGUGCAUAUGUAAAACAAAAAUUAGAUUCAAAAGAGCUGGGAAAAUAUGGUCUGCUUUAUUAUAAUGCACUGUUCAUGAUUCUGCCCACACUGGGCAUUGCAUAUUUCACAGGAGAUGCACAAAAGGCAUUGGAUUUUGAAGGCUGGGCUGACAGCCUUUUCCUUCUACAGUUCACCCUCUCCUGUGUGAUGGGGUUUGUCUUGAUGUAUGCCACAGUACUCUGCACUCAGUAUAAUUCUGCUCUGACAACUACAAUAGUUGGCUGUAUCAAGAAUAUAUUAAUAACUUAUAUUGGAAUGGUCUUUGGUGGAGAUUAUAUUUUCACUUGGACAAACUUCAUUGGAUUAAAUAUCAGCAUUGCUGGGAGCCUGGUGUAUUCCUACAUCACUUUUUCUGAAGAGCAGCUGAGCAAACAGUCCGAAGCCAGUAACAAGUCGGACGUCAAAGGGAAAGGAGCGGUAUGACCGGAGGCCUGCCUGAGCAGGAGGCCCGUGCUUGAUCAACUCGGAACACUGCCACUUCCGACCCAGAGAGCGAGAUGUCUUGAUUAAGGAGAACAUACCAUUCUUUUGCACUUGUACAAUCUGAGGAUUGAUUUUGCUGCCUUUUAAAAUUUUGUGAUGAGAGAAACUUAUAAUUGACUAUUUUAAAUAUGCCAUGUGAAUUAAUUUAUAUCAGACUGGAAAAUAUACCGGGCUUUUUAAUUUAUUUGCUUUUCUUCUGUGCCGACAGUGAAGCAUGAGUGUUUUGCAGUAUAUUUCACUCCCAGUCUGAUGUCCAGGCGUUGCUGAGAGCUGCCCCUAUAGAGUGCGCCAACAGGGCCCUAUCCCUCACAUCAUCGCUGCCAGUCUUGAGGGGCAGUGCAGCCUGCUUUCUGCUGGAGACGCAGCUGGGUAUCUGAAAUUUCUCUCCUUUGAAUUUCUUUCUUUCCUUCAUUGGGACUCAUGUAAGUAAGAUGACACAUUGGCACGUCACUCACUUGCGUGGGGGGUGGCAUGUAUUGGUUCCCAUGUGCUGUCCCUGAGGAGUGGAGAUGAGCAGAGUGCAUUUCUUGAAAAUACAUUGGUCCCUCUCCAUUGGGGAGGAGAGAGGAGUGAAGGGACAGGAAGUAGGCCUCUUGCUGAGGGACCGAUCCAUCCAUUUCACUCAUCCACCCACACUGUGUCGAGUGUGGACUGUCAGCCGGGCACUAGUGCUGAGUACUAGGGAUGCCGAGAUGCUUCGGGAACUGGUUGAAACCUAGCCCACUGACUGUCGUGACUGAGGGCGAGAUGGAGAAUUGAGCCAUGUCCGUCAGGGAGCCAUUGUUUUGGCUCUCAGAAGUAGAGAUCUGUCCUUGCGGCUAGACGUCCCUUGCCUGCGCGCCUGCUCCAUUGCUAUCUGCAGCUGAGUGCAACCCUGUGAGGAAGGCUUGUGCAGAGCGGUGUUGGGGAAACAUGCAGUCCAGUUGAGCACACAGAGGGACCACCUGUGUUUCCUCCGCCUCUCUGCUGUGGGCUGCGACCUUUAAAAAGAUGGCUCUCUAGACCAGUGUGGAGGCGGCCCAGGGCUGCAGUGGGGUCAACAUUAGGCAGCCAGUGAAUGGUCCGCAAUCAGAACCCACCACGCAGUGGGGGCGAAAGUUCUGACAAGGUGCUUCUCUGACAGUGGAGAGCCCUGGAAGCCCCAAGGCACACUUCUGCCGUGCCCGAGGGGGUCACCAAAUCAAAAUCAACUUGAUGGCAAUGGGUUGUUUCGUUGUUUUGUUUUUGCUGUGUAAGUAAGGGCAGCUUGGUACAUUUUUAAAUUAUUGCUUCGAGGGCAAAGCCUCACUUAAUGAGAAUGUCAACUUCUCCUGUCCACUGUUGCCUCAUGGGGAGCCCUGGUGGCUGUAAGGUGAACAGUUUGAAGCCACCAGCUGCUCCCGUAAAGAAUGGCAGUCUUGGAAAUCCACAGGGACCUGCCCCAUCCUGCAGGGUGUUGUGAGGGACUCGAUGGCAGUGAGUUUGGGUUAGGGGGAUGAGUCAAGCCCCAUCUCAGAGAGUAGUGCGCAUGCUCAAGCCAGUUGUGCAGUGAUGGAGUACUUUUCCCCGGUACUUACAGCACUUGCGCACAGUAACUUACUUCCAUUUCCUUAGGCUUGGGCUUCACUGAAUUCUAGCAGCCUGAUCGCUGGCAUUUUCAGGGACCUCAACGGUUUGGAUGUUUGUUUCCUAUUUGAUAAAGGAGUUGUACUGAGGCCGCUUUCAUACUCAUCUCACCCCCAUUUUGAUUUGUUUAUUAAAGGUGUUGUGUUCCCACCAUUCACCCAUAAACAACUCCCAUCCGAAUAAGCUCCAGGGAACACAUCCUAAGCUCACGUCUUUCCAGCAUCAUCUAGAAAAUCCCAGUGGAAAACUAGGAGCUUAUCUCGUGUCACAUAUUCCUGUUUUACGUGAGAAAACAAGAUUUAGAGAAUUUCAGGACUUGCUAAUAAGUUAAAAAAAAAAUCCAUGCUCUUUCUAUGAAUCAUGCUGCCUCUCGAAGAGGAGGCUCUGCAGAUCUAGCACAGAGGGAGAGGCAAUGGUCCUAGAGUUUCCAUCAGCUGCUCUCGGGUGAUAGGAACGAACAUUCAGCCAGUGAAUGGUAUCUGCCAGGGCCUGGCCAGUACGAAUCGCUGGUUUUGUCUGGGCAUAACGGGAAAGCAUAAUGAGAAAUGUUUCAGUGACUCUCUUCUUUGACCUUAGAAAUGUGGGUGGUGGAAUUUCGACAAGCUUGGUCUUUGGAUGUGUUCAGAGGUAAUGUGGACUAGCACUCUACCGGAGACUGAACUGCUUCUUGGGGGUCCGUCACCACACCAGGUUUACGUGAGAAAGUCACACACACAGGUAGUUAGCCCUUCGCUAAAUGCACAUGGCAGGCCCUGUACCUCAGGGUCUAUACCAAACCUUCUGGCAAAUCAGAAGCAGUAGAGCGAGUUCCUGCCUGUGCCCUGGUUCCUGGAAGGCCCCCGCAGUGCAGUCUCCUAUCUUAAGGUGCAAGAGUCAGCAGCCUGGGGAAAUUGGAGUUUGAAUGGACUAUGUGUUUUCAGUUGUGUGUAGGCCUGAAAGUAGUGGACUAGAGGUUGUAUCUGGUGCCCCGUUGCUCCCAGAAUGUCUGCAUUUUGCCUCGAAACAUGGCAAAAAUCCCAAGACCUCCCUCCCACAAGCAAGAGACAGUAGAGUUACAUCUUUAACUUACCCUUGAGAUAGACGGGCUGAGGCAAGAAUCCUCAAUGGUAAAUUCCAUGACCAGUGGCUUCUCUUCCGGGAAGAUCUUCUUUGGCCUAUCUGCUGCUAGGCGGAACAGGAGUGGUUCCAAUGGCCAGCUGUCCUGGCCUGUGUAAAAAGGAUUUCCAAUCGCCUCAUGUGGCUGCUGCCUCCUUUAGAAGUUGGGCCCUUGUAGGAUUCAACUUCCAUAUAUAUAUACUGCAAGUUUGCUGUAGUUUUGCUUUUGUCAAGAAUCCAUGGAAAGCUUUAGUCAGUAAAACGGUGCAGAAUUUUCACGUCAAGUCCGGUAGAGCUUUAUUUGAUGACUUGGGAGUAGUAUGAGGGGGUCUUCAAAAAUGACAAGAUGGGCUUUUUCUGUGAACUUUUUGAAGCCCCUUCAUCCCUAAGGCUUUGGGCCUGCCCUCCCUGUAGUUAGAAGGCCUCCUUCAGUGGGGGCCAGCUCUCUGCUCAGCCCCAAGACAACUGAGAUGGAUGUGAAAUGACUCUUGCCUUCAAUGACUGCCUCAUGCUGGACCCAGAGGUGCUGGCCUGAACCUAAUUGAGGGAAGGGAAGCAGGUGAAGGACAUCAGUGGUUUGGACUCAGGUGUCAGCAUCAUUACUUGUAGAGGCCCCCACCCACGGAGCAGCAGCCAACACCAGCUCACUGCCUGCCAGGCAGUUCUGACUCCCAGCGACCCGUAGGACGGGGUAGAACCGUCCCUGUGGGUUUCCGAGGCCGGAGCAAAAGCACUGGUUAAAUCUGCGAGGAUGCUCAUAGCCCACACUGGUCUUCUAGCUCUGAGAUAAGUGACCUGACUCCUGUGAUUCUGAGAACGGCCUGGGCCCCUCAUUCCUCCACAUAUCCUUGCUUCCUCCAUAACCAUUUGAUAUUGGUUCCUCCUUGAUAUAGACAAGGCUGCCAUUGAUUUUUUCAUUCUCUUAGGGAAAUGAAUCAUACUUGAGAAAGAAGACAGUAGAUCUAAAACUAUUCAGCACAAUGUCUUGUACGUAUUAGACACUUAGCAGUGGAGGUCCCGGGCAGUACUUCCUGAAGAGAUUAGAGGCAAAUCAAGAGUCUUAAUUUCUGCUCCUUCAUGCUUAAAGAAAGGUUGUGUGUGUGUGUGUGUUUACCAAAGCACAUGACCCAGACAGUCUUCCUUUUUUAAGUACCUGUGGGAUAUAAUGUCAUUAUGUGGGCAGCUAAUCCCACCUGUUUUUAAAAUGGAACAAAAUCACAUUCCUAGCAUACUGGUAACUUUUAUAAAAGGAAAAUGGUGUUACACCUUAGAAGAUGGUACUUGCAGGUCAGAAUACUCCACUUCAGACUUGCCCAUUUGUCACCUGACACUGCAGGUCUGGCUCCCUUCCUCUCCCGCAUUCCGUGCAGCUGAGGACACAGGGCUGGCGGAGGCUGAUCCCAGGUGUCAGUCGUCGGGAUGUGUGACUGAAUCUCUUGCUAAACCAAGCUAAUGAGUUCUUACUGUUAGGAAAACCCUGCAUCAUGGUAUGAGGAGUUAUUUUCUCAGUGUUUCCUUUGAUUGUUUUAAGCUUUGUUGUUCUGAAAUAUUUUAAAGGAAAAAAUCAGGUUAGAUUUACUUUCUCAAAAAUGUUUUUUUAGCAAUUUUGUUAUAUUUUCUUUCUCAUGCUGAUGAUCAACUGAUUUUUGACUACAAAUGUUACCCUCACAAUAUUUUUUCAGUAGGGGUUUACUUACCAAAUUACCAUUUUAGUGUUUUUAAAGGGUACUGAUAAUUGAAAUAUGUAAAUCAGGUGACAUAAAAAUGAAAAUUAUGUGCCUGCCUAUUUUUGUAAAGGCGUCAAAUAAAGACGUUUCUCCCCUGAAA